AUGCCUUUAACGCCUAUCUUUAUUGUUGAAAUAUUUGAUGUGUGGGGUAUUGAUUUUAUGGGACCUUUCCCUUCCUCUUAUGGCUUUAUUUACAUUCUCCUUGCUGUUGACUAUGUCUCUAAAUGGGUGGAAGCAAUUCCUACCCGGACUAAUGAUUCAAAAGUUGUUUUGAGCUUUGUGAAGGAAAACAUUUUUUCUAGGUUUGGAACACCAAGAGCCAUUAUCAGUGAUGGAGGCACUCACUUUUGCAAUAGGUCAUUGGAGGCACUUUUAAAGCGGUAUGGAAUUACACAUAGGGUCUCGACACCUUAUCAUCCCCAAACAAGUGGACAAGUGGAGAUUAGUAACCGAGAAAUCAAGCAAAUCUUGGAGAAAACCGUGAGCCCUACGAGAAAGGAUUGGAGUUUGAGACUUAAUGAAGCAUUAUGGGCAUAUAGGACAGCUUACAAAACCCCCAUUGGUAUGUCUCCUUUUCGUUUGGUUUAUGGUAAAGCAUGUCACCUUCCGGUUGAGCUUGAACAUAGAGCAUUUUGGGCAAUCAAGAAAUCCAAUUUCGAUAUGAAAGAGGCUGGAGAUGCAAGGCGACUCCAAUUGAAUGAAUUGGAUGAGAUGAGGAAUGAUGCUUAUGAGAGUGCACGGAUUUACAAGGAAAAGACGAAGGCAUUUCAUGACAAAGCCAUUCAAAGGAAGACCUUUGAAAUAGGGCAGAAAGUCUUGCUCUUCAAUUCACGCCUUCGGCUAUUCCCAGGUAAGUUACGUUCUAGAUGGUAUGGUCCUUUUGUUGUUACUAAUGUUUUCCCUCAUGGUGCAGUUGAGAUUCAAAAUGACAAGAUGGGAAACAUAUUCAAAGUGAACGGACAUCGCUUGAAGCCAUACUAUGAAUCUUUUGAGCUUGGAAAAGAGAGCAUGCUUGUGGAUGCACCACCCCCAUCUAUUGUUUAA